GCAUAUGAAACGUAUGCUGCUUCAAUGCCAACACCUCCUGAGAAGGACUCCAUCUAUGGCAGUAGCAAAAACACCAGUGAGUACAAGGUCCACUUGAUCUUCCUCUACCAAGCAAAUCCAGAGACUGGCAUUCCCUAUGGUCACUUUAACUUCCUUGUGCCGGCUGAGAAAGAAGUAGCACAAGCAGAAGCAGUGAAACCU